CCAGAGUGAAACAAAACAGACUGUACUAUAUGUAAAUAUUGUGAUUUGACGUUUAUGUAACUGGAAUACACAUGAAGGCCUUCAUUCAAGUACCUGGUACUAAAUGGCAGAAAUACAUGCUGAUCCUGUUGCCUUUGGGUACAAGGCAUAUUUUGAAAACAGUAAAAUGCACAUAUCUCAUGAAAUGAUAUGUGAGGAAAAUAAGGAACAACACAUGUUUAAUCCAGAUGAGGAAUGUUAUUGCACAAAAGAAGAUUUCAUAGUUUUUGCUGAAUUUUCUGAAGUUAUGGGACCAGUUCCUCUACUAACAUUCCCUUUGGCAAUCAAAGAUGAUCCAAAAAUAGAUGUCAACACGCUUAUUCUGAAAAUCAUGUCUGUUGACUACCAUGCAACUCCCAGUGGCCAGUUUACUUUCUGUGAGGAUGUGCAGGUUCUCCAAGCAGAUGUUGUACCUGGCCUACAUGCCUAUGUUCACUACUGCACUCUCCAUGACCUAGGGGCCAGGGGGUUUGUACGACCACUCUGCUUUGCCUAUUUAUCGACUGACUUAAUAAAAGUGCAAUCACUGUUUCCUACUCUUCGAGAACAGUUCCUAAAGGCAACAGAAAUCCUGCAGUUCAAUAAUCGACAAUGGUUUGUGGAAGAACUUCUAAGAAUGAUGACCACUUUAAAGGAAAAACAAAACAUAUAUUUUUCAUUGAAACAGAAAGAGGAAGAAGGGAUUGAGUUGUCAGCAGAUGAAGAGAAGAUCCUUAAUAGUUCUUCAAUAGAUCAGCUGGUUUCACAAUACACUGAAUACAAGAAUAUGCUUCAUGUGGCAGAGCCAUACAUGAAUAACCAAACAGCACAGGAAGUUGUGAAUGUUUGGAAAGGCAGCCUUGUGAGUGCAGAGAUGAUGCACACAGGUGUCAGUCGCUACAUGGCAAAAUUACGCCAUGAAUUGCUGAACCACGGUAUCACUUCUGCACAGCACAAUGGGCCAUCACUUCGCGCAGUAGUGGCUCUUAGUCCAUGGGGCCUUGCUUUCCUCUUGUGGGAGCUCAUGUGUAUCCAGCGACAACAUCGCAGGUGUCGCCUCAGCAAGAUGGUCUACAUGUUUGCACAGGAUGAGGAAUCACUAACAGAGGGGAUACAGCAACACUCAUCAGAAAGGGCAUUACACGAACCUGAAUAUCUGUCACUACUUAGUGCUCUUACAUACCCUGUAGACAGACCAGACAGUAACCAUAAACGUUGCAGUCAAGACAGCUUAGAUUUCCUGGAAGCUAGUGCUGUUGUUAGUGGAACUGAAGGAAGCAGCAGUUACCAUUCUGCCCCAGAUUCGGUCAGUGAUAUAGUGAUUAAAAAACAGCGGAGCAGUAGUAGCAGCAAUUCAGAAAGCAAUGGAAGUAGUCAGCCAAGUUGUGAAAGUUAUGUUGAUGUUUCUGAACCAGACAGCUGGGCAGAAUCUGAAUCACCAUUGCAGCAUCUGGAUAGUGAUCAGCAAAAAUUAUUCACGUUUUGUGUAUGGGACAGCAGCAGAAGCCAACUACCAAAUGGACUACCAGGAAAAAAUUUAUUGAAAUUCUUCAAGAGCUCCAAGGCUGCCCAUCAUGUACUGUACUCUAUUCUUAUUGGGAGGACAGUUGUCCUUGCUGGAAGUGAAGCAAUGCAGAAGAAGGUGAACAAGAUAAUAGAUGCUCUGGUAGUAUUAUUUCCUGUGAAAUUUGAAGAAGUAGUCAGAAUUCUUAGGUGGCAUCGUGGAAUACUUGUUUCAUCACAUAUCAAUUCAUAUCAACUGAUUGGGGUCUGUGUUCCAGAACGCAUUUCUGUUCAUGAUAUGAUUAGCUCCAGAGACAAGAACAUGGUGACAAUACUGGAUAUAACAAAAGAACAGCUCUUUGGACCAGCAUAUUCAGGCCAAUUUCUGUCAUCCUUAGAAACUUCUCCACAGUUCUUUCAGAGUGACCAAACAUUGAUCCUCUUCCUGCAGUCCAUUGCUGCCGAAAUUCUUCAAAAACUGUUUCUUUUUAGAAUGUCAUUUGUCUCUCCUGUUGGUGACUCAAGAAAUGCUGACCGCUCUCCAGGUGAUAUUCUGAGAGAGAUGGGGGUCCAUGGCUGUGAUGCAGAAAUUAUUAAGUACCUAUUCAAGAUUGGAAUUUCGGAAACAAGUUGAAAUAUUACAGGAAAAACUUGAAUCGUCUUCAUUUCUUUAUGCUGCAAUUUCCAUUGCGUGCUGUAUUUACCCAAUUGCAGCGGUGUAAGAAUUUACAAACUGCUGUGGUUAUAACCAUAUCAUUAAAUCUUAAGACAAGCUGUGAUAAUAUUUUUUGAUAUUUUACAUUUAGUUUCACAAGCUGUAAACAUGGUUUACAGGAGACUCAGGGUAUUUAGAGUAAUGUGAUAGUCGUGCGUGCUCACUGCCUCUGUUUAUUCAUUUUUGUAGUAACUGUCAGCUUCACGUUUUAGUGAAGCAAAUUUAAGCAAUAGUGCUGGAAUCAAAAAUAUGUACUUGAAUAUUAGCUUUUAGCAGUAUUAAUUACCAUGUGAUCUGUUAAAACAAAGACAUAAACGUGCAUUACAUGGUUUCAUUGUUAUGUGAUCUCUCCAUAGGUGACAGCUGAUUGUAUUUCAUGAUCAGUUUCUUUCAAGUAAAGAUUAACACAAAAUAAUCUGACACACAAAAGCAUUUUGGGAAUACUGAUUUCAAGAUUUUCUUUGUCUUUCAAAGCAUGUCAAUUUCUUUAGGAUGGGAAGUAAUACAGAGAUAUCACAUAAAAGAAUGGGAAAAUAAUGAAUUUACAAAAAAUUUUACUGAAAGUCAGGAAUGGGAUUGCCAUAGCUCAUAGCUAUUAUUAGUGUUCGGUUUGUAAAGAUGAGCAAGAACCAGAAGAUGACAGUGAAAUGGAAUUUUAUCUAACUUUAAUGUGAUUUGAUGUUAGGUGUGAGUGUUAAAUAAUGUGAAACCAACCAAGCCAAACACAUUGUUUGCAUCACACAGUAUCCAUGAUGUCUUUGAAAAAUUGAGAGCAUAACCUGAUGUAUUUAUAAUCAUGUUACAAAAGUCAUAUGUGCAAUAUUUAUUAUUCAUUUUAUAAUAUUAAAAGUACAAACAGAAUGACAAAUUUUUAAUGCUUCAGAAGCCAAGUCUGAUGAAUAACUGUUGUCUUUAAGAAUUAUAUUGAAACAGAAGGCGAUAAGGAAAUUAUUGUUAAAAAGUUGGUGUACUAAAUUGAUUUUUUUCAUUUAUUACUGUUAAGGAAUUGAUGUUUAUUAUAUAUUGUUAGCACUAGAAAUAAGUACUGCAUUCAUUAACCAAUUAAGGUGCUAAAUAAUACGUUACUGAGUACAAAAGGGCUUCCUUGUAUCUGUCGGUGGUCUUCCACUGACACGCUGAAGGAACAAUAUUGUUUGCAAAUAAUUAUUUUAGACAUGAACUGUUGUAUGUUUAUCAUAAAGAAGGUAAAGUCUAGGAAAUAAAUGUUUUCCUAGGGUACUGCUUUGUACUUAUAUUCUUUAUGGUACUUAAUAUUGCCUUUUGCUGACUGUGAUAUCAUAUUUCUCAUUGCAUUGGCAAUUAAAAAUAUGUGCACCAUUAUACUUCACUAAAUUACGUUAUUGAUGUGUGAUGUAACACUAUAGUACAUACAUUGUCCAUAAUUUUCAGAAUUUCAGGAAGAUUCUUUUUCUUUGUAAUCAGUGAUUGUUUUUCUUAGAUCUCAUAGUAAUUUGUUUUUGUGCUAUCCAUUCACAAGUACUUUACAAAUUUGUGAACAUUGAAACAUAUCUGUACCUGAAUGUUCUGGGUGCAACACUAUUAGCCUUUUGUAAACAGUGAUUCACAUAUCAGGCUGGGAAUAAGUAGUAGAAAUGAAAUGUACUGAAUUUUAAUAGGUGGCUCUUCACCAACAGCCUUGCCACAGUGGUAACACUGGUUCUUGUCAGAUCGCUGAAGUGAAGCACUGUCGGGCUGGCCUAGGUUGGUGACCAUCUGGUCUGCUGAGCACUGUUGGCAAGCUGGGUGCACUCAGCCCUCGUGAGGCAAACUGAGGAGCGAAUUGAUCGAGAAAUAGCAGCUCUGGUCUCGUAAACUGACAUAUGGCCAGGGGAGUGGUGUGCUGACCACAUGUAACUUAAUAUAGUGUUUCUGGUUGCAAAGCUGUAACUUUCAAGUGAUAAACCAAAUAUAUUAUGUCAGUAUACAUUUCACUUCAGAAUAAUUUUUCCAUUAGUUUGUGAUCAUUGCUUUAAAAGCUUGGCUUCACCACUUGAAGUUGUAGAUGUAAAUAUUUACCAGUGUUUUGUUUAACAGCAAGUCAGUGUUUUAUGCAUGGACACCAAGAAUCCUUUGUGAAUAGAUCAGAUGAUCAAAUGGUUUUUAGAAAUGAAAAUUUUAUUUGUUGAUUGAUUUAUUGUAAAUUGAAAAAUGUUUAGUUGAUACCGAGAAUGUGAUGAUGAAGCAGAUACUAAACCUGUAAAUUUUUAAUGGCGUCUUUCCCACAGUAGGGGCAGAAAAUGGAAGGUAUGUCAGAAUGAUUUGGCAUUCAAAUAUGAAAGGGGAAGAAGGGAAGCAGUUAAAAAAUAUCAGAAAAGUAUUGAAUGAAAUGGGCUGGUAGAAUAGAAAAAAAGAGAAAAACAGGAGUCUAGUUGGACAUAAGAGAAAAUAAAAAUUAAGAGUAUUUGUGGUUGUUAGCACCAUUGAAUGGGGAAUGAAAGGCAAAUAUUGUGCACAAAAAAGUAGCAGAAUGAUAAGGAGUGGAAGAGGUUAAUGAAGUAUGGUCUGGAACACAGAUUAAAUCUAUCAGCAAGUUUUAUAGUUUUCAAUUUAAGUAAGGAGUUAGAAGUUUGCUUCACAUUGCUGCUGACACUCAAGUAAUUGAUGUGGAAGGGGAAAACAUAUUUAUGGCCACCUUCAAUUACAGUAUGAACUGUGGUUCCCAAUUAUUUCAGUUUAUAACUGUGCGUACACUGUAAAACAUUGUAGUAUUCUCACUAACACAA